UCUAGCUUAUCUGAAAAGUCGAUGAUGUCAUUUCCUCCCCACAGAUCUCAUGUGUAAGCUCGUUGUCAAUUCAUUAAUUGCCUCCUCAACCCUCAAAAUGAUCCCAGGCUUCAACAUCUUGGCUUUCUUUAUGCUUUGGACUGCAGGCGUUUCGCAGUCCGUGCUGAUCACCCAGUGGCCUCGCUACAUCUCCAGUCCUCCCAAUGGCUCCGCAGAAAUGACCUGCUACCAGAAUGACACCAGCUAUGACUAUCUGUACUGGUACCAACAGCUGAGCCGAGGGAGCUUUCAGUUGAUGGUGGUUAUAGUCGGUGGAAUGCCGAGCUACGAAGUGGGAUUCAAGUCUGGUUUUCAGUCGGUGAAGUCGAGUGAGAAGCAAUGGUCUCUGACAAUAACCGGCCUUCAGAGGAAUCACACGGCUGUUUAUCUGUGUGCUGCCAGUCUACACAACAACGCCAACGAGGCUUAUUUUGGAAAAGGAACCAAGCUGACUGUUUUGGAACCUGGACUUAGUGUCACCAGACCAAAGGUCAAAGUGCUUCGACCUUCAGCCAAAGAGUGCGGAAACCCCAAAGACAAGGCGAGGAAGAAGACCAUCGUUUGUGUGGCCAGCGGAUUCUACCCGGACCAUGUCGGGGUAUCGUGGAACAUUGACGGCCAGAACGUCACUAAAGGCGUGGCGACCGACAACGCUGCCCUCCGGGGAGACCAGUACUACAGAAUCAGCAGCAGGCUGAGCGUCUCUGCAGAGGACUGGUUCAAAACGGGCAAAACCUUCACCUGCACCGUCAGCUUCUUCAACGGGGAAACCACCGAGUUCUACUACAAGUCAACUACCGGGGUAAAAGAUACACGAAGCGGCAUGACAAGAGAAAAAUAUUUGAUGGUCACACAGAUGGCCAAAGUCUCCUACAUUAUCUUCAUCAUCAAGAGCAGCAUCUACGGAGCCUUUGUGGCCUUUUUGGUGUGGAGGCUUCAGCGAUCAGCUGGCAAGCACAACGACUGAGAUCAGUGGUGGGAGUUAUAUAUCCACAAGUUAAGCUGUAAGUUGUGCUGCAUUGUUGCUGAAAAAAUGCAAAAAAACCAUUGCUAAAAAAUAGAACAGUUAUUUGCAUUUUGUUGUUAAAAUGGCCAUCACAUCAUUGUAAGUAAUGAUUAGAAUAAUCCUGUGUUUGUGGGCCUGCUGUGCUU